UAAACAUGACUUACAAUUACAAAUAAACGUCAUAUAAAAUGAAUAUGGUUAAUUUUAAACUAACUAGUAUUUAUAAUACUAAUUGCAAUUGUUAAUUAAAGCACUAGGGCUGUGUGUCAGUAAAUAUUUGAAUUAAUUUACUAAAAUGUAGUCAUCUUCCGGUACUGUCAUCUGAUAGUGUGAUAUCGAUGAUUAAACGACGUAAUAAAAAAAAAUAUAUAUGAAAUGUAUUAAGUAUAUAUAUGUAUAUUUAUUGUUUAGCUGAUGGGUGAAGUGUAAUAGUAGUAAUAAAAAUAAUUAAAGGUGUAAAUAAAGUUUUGAUAGUAAAAAAUAAUCAGUGUAAUUAAAUGUGGGUGUGAUGGCGAAUUCUCCGACGAGUAUUGAAAAUCAAAUAGACAGUUUUCUUGAACAAUUCAAGAGAAGCGCCUCCAGGGCAAUGGAAGAUAACGCCAGAGGGAGUUAUAACGCGAGCAGCAGCAUCAGUCGCAGCAGAAGUGGUAACCUCGACCUCGAGGUCUUUGAGGCCGAGGAUGUGGAAAGUAUGACCGGAGAGAUCGAAAACGGAGACCUAGCAGUCCGCGACGUAGCAGAUCUUCUUCAGCAUCAGUAUGCCAUUAUUACGGGAGGUAAAACAAGAGAAGGAUGUCCAAUAAUAACAUUUCCUGACAAUGGAAACUUUCACAAUCUUAGUGAUUUAGACUAUCAGCGUUUAAUGCUCUAUCUCACUUCAGUUCCCACAUUACAGGAAGCUGACUUGGGAUUUCAUUUGAUAAUCGAUCGUCGAACAGACAAGUGGAACUCUGUUAAAACUGUCCUAAUUAAAAUAUCUGCAUUUUUUCCUGGAUUAGUUCAUGUUGCCUAUGUGUUGCGGCCAGUCGGUUUUCUUCAAAAAGCCAUUUCUGAAGUAUCAAAUAAAUUAUUUCGUGAAGAUUUUAAAUUUCGCGUUAUUGUACUGGCCAAUGUGACUGAGCUGUAUGAUUUUAUUGACAAAGAUCAGUUGACGGAACAACUUGGUGGUGAUUUACCGUACUGUCAUACAACUUGGAUUCAAAAUAGAAUAAGUUUAGAAAAAUUUUCAUCCAUGACUCAAGACGUAUCACUUGCCUUAGACUCAUUUACACGUCGCCUAGCGGAAAUUGAAUUUCCCAAUAACACGAUAGCAACAACCCGGCUAUUGAAUCAGCAGCAAGCUGAGUACAAUGAACUUAAAGAGGAAAUUUUGAGCGCAGCACGACAUGGCGAAGCACUUUUAGAUAGUGUAAGACAAUUGACCGGUAAAAGUACUGCCGAUCGAUUAGGAAAUGUCGCUGCUGUUGAAAGAUUGUUAGUGCAAUUAGAAGAAACAGAACGUACAUUUGAUCUUUUUUGGUCACACCACAGUUCUCGUUUACGACAUUGUCUAGCUCUAAGGCAAUUCGAACAAGAUUUUCGUGAACUACAGGCAUCAUUAGAUCAACAUCUAAAAACCGUUGACGAUAUGACUGAAGUUGGAGAAACUCAAGUAAGGGUGGACCAACUUAUACGCGAUACAUCAACUUUCCAACGAAUAUGCCGGGGUGAUAUUGAUCGUGCUGAGGAAGUGAUUGCUGCUGGACAACAAUUAUUAUCAGGAAGACAUCAAUGUCCUACAGAAGUUGUAGAGCCAAAGUGCGCUGAAUUGCAGCGAGUCUGUACAAUUUUGAGUCAAAGAUUGGAGAGGCGGCUACAUACGCUCACUAAAUGUCGCGAACUUAUGGAACGUAUUGAUAAGGCAAAUGCGUGGUGUACACGAGGUAUUGAACUUCUCGCGUCACAAAACAGCGCAAUGCCAACGGAUCAGGCUCUUCAGGAACUAGAGCAGCUCGUUGAAGCCGCUGAAGAGUUCCAUAGUCCUCGAUGUAUUUUUCAAGAUUCUAUAAUGCCAGAAACUAAAGCAUUGGUUGCACAGGUCUUACAAAGAAUCGAAGAUGUAACAUUGAUGUGCGAGAAAAAAAUAAUUGUUUUGAAACAACAGUUGAUAAAACCCGCGAGACCGGUUCAAACGGUUACACCAGAGCCAGCAAAACCACUUCAAGCCUCACCACAAAUCAUAAAACCAGGAAGAGUUUUAAAAAAAGCCAAUACAAUGCCAAAGAUGGAAAUGGGUCCAAUAGAAGGUGGUGACUCAUCAUCACCAGAAAGCGAACCAAGAGACAUUGAAGCGAUGCGACUUAAACGCGGCCAUGUAUUAACAGAACUUGUUGAAACAGAACGUGCUUAUGUAGCAGAACUUGGAUCUAUAAUAAAAGGAUACAUAAUGGAAAUGACUAACGAAACAAUGAGUCAUUUAAUACCAAGUGCGUUGAUUGGAAAAUCAGAUGUACUGUUUGGUAAUCUCGAGGAAAUUUAUCAUUUUCACGGUGAAACAUUUUUACGCGACUUGGAAAACUGUAUAUCAAAUACCGAAUUAGUAGCGCUGUGUUUUGUACAGCGAAGAGAUAUAUUUUUCCGACUGUACAGUUAUUAUUGUCAGAAUAUUACAAGAUCUGAGAGUUUGAGAGAACAGAUACAAGGAGAGCCACAGUUUUUAGCAGCUUGUCAACAAAAACUGGGCCACAAGUUACCGUUGGCUGCUUAUCUGUUGAAACCCGUGCAGCGUAUCACUAAAUAUCAAUUAUUAUUAAAAGAUUUACUGAAAUAUAGCGAUGAGCCUGCUUGCUGUACAGAGCUACAAGAGGCAUUGGAUUGUAUGUUAAUUGUUUUGAAAUGUGUCAAUGAUAGCAUGCAUCAAACUGCGAUCAGUGGAUUUGGAGGAGACUUAAACGCCCAAGGUGAACUUUUAUUACAAGGAUCAUUUAGUGUUUGGAGCAGCAGCAAACGUGAACGUUUAUUACGACUGAAACCAUCUCAACGUCAUAUUUUUCUAUAUGAAAAAGCAAUGAUAUUUUGUAAACACAGUAAACCACAAGCUCAUAAUAAAGCAACUUAUCAUUUCAAACGUUUUCUCAAAAUGUCACAAAUCGGUUUAACUGAAUCGGUAAAAGGGGACACGAGAAGAUUUGAAAUAUGGUUACAAGGUCGUGCUGAAGUUCAUACGAUCCAAGCACCGAGUAAUGAAGUCAAACAAUCGUGGGUACGGCAAAUAAAAGGUGUGUUGAUGUCACAACUUGCUGAAUUGAAAGGGAAACAAAAUACAGCGUUGGCUAAGUCUAAUCAUAAGCCAUUGAGACAAACAAUAUCAUGGGAGACACAAAGUGUUUCUGGAUCAUUGCGUACACUUUCUGUUGACGGUAAUAGUGUGAUAUCACAUGUUACUGAUGUAUCACAAUCAACGGAAGAAGAUGUAGCUUGGAGUUCAGAAAAUAGUAAUACUGAUGACGAAGAUGCAUUUUCGGAAAAUCCAGGACCAGCUCCAGGUGGACGAUACGUAGCAUUAGCUGAUUACUGUGCCGUUGGUCAAUCAGAAGUAACAAUGCGCGAAGGCGAUCACCUGGAAUUAUUAAAAGUUGGCUGUGCCGGUUGGUGGUUUGUUAAAUUAAUUGGUACUGGUAUUGAAGGUUGGGCGCCAGCAGCUUAUUUAGAGCCAGUUAGCCGCAAAACAUCCCGUAGUUCUCAGUCUGUUAAUAAUAGUCAAGAAGUUAUAUGAAAUCGGCGUUUAACACACUAAGUAAUACAUCGCAUGUAAUACAUUUACGUAUACAUACAGUGUAUUAUUUAGUGUGUUAAUUAUUAUUAUUAUUACUAUUAUCACUAUUAUAUUUCAUUAAGUUUCAUCAUUAAAGUUAAUUUGUAAUAUUAAUUGAUAUGUUAAAUUUCUCGUGUAAAAAAAAUUUGUUCCAAAAAAAUUCAAAAAAAAUUCGACAUGUGGAACUUCUAAACUUGCCCGUGUAAAAAAUUUUUUAUUCAUAAUGAAUUUAGAUAUAAAUUUCAUCCCGAAACUCAGAUCGUGACACAAAUAUAACUUUUUUAGGGUUCCGUAACAAAAUAUCCGCGACAAAAUAACCGGACGACAAAACAUCCGGGGUCAAAAUAAUCGCACGACAAAAUAUCCGCGGACGAAAUAACCGCGAGCCAAAAAUCCUCACCACAAAAUAACCACAUGACACAAUAUCCGCACGAUAAAAUUUACCGGAAAAACUAAAUCAGUUGACGAAGCAACCGUGACAAAAUAACUGUACGGUCAAAUAUCAGUUGCCAAAAAAACGUCAAAUCGAUAUAUUUGAAAAACUAAUUAAUAAUGAUUAAUUAGGAAUUAUCAAGCAAGUUUUGACAAGUUUUAUUAUUGUUAUUUAUUUUUAUUGUUGUUUUAUUAUUAUUUAAGGAUAUUUUGUCGUGUGAUUAUUUUGCCCGCGGAUAUUUUGUCAUGUGGUUAUUUUAUCCGCGAAUAUUUUGUCGUGUGGUUAUUUUAUCGUGAGGAUGUUUUGUCCGCGGUUAUUUUGUCCGCGGAUAUGUAGUCGUGACACCCUUUUUUAGAUCCUUAUGGGGUAAUUGACUUCUAAUGAAAACUUUUUCGGAACGAGGGUAAAAUGUAGUAAAAAUACGUCUUGAGAUAAGCUUUUUUUUACCAUCAAAAUGACAAAAGUUCAAAAAAAUUCUAAUCUGUCUCAAGUUAAGAAGUAUCGCAAGUCGAACUUUUUUGGAACGAAUUUUUUUUUACACGGGUUAUUAUGUGCAAUUAAUUUUUAUUUGUUUUAAUUAUGCCAAGAGCAAUUUCAAUCAAAUAUAAUAUUGUUUUAUUUAUUUAAAUAAAGAAAAGAGCUUUAACGGACUGAUUAAAUGGCAAAUAACUUGUGGAUUGGAUGAUAAAUUUUUAAAUAUUAGGACAAUUUUUUGUUCGUAUUCGACUGAAUUAGCCAGUACAGUAUUUUAUUAUUAAUUAUAAUUAUUAUUAUUAAUUUCUGUAAGUAAUUAAAAUUACAUUAAUUAAUUUUUUUUUUUUAAUUUAGAGGCUAUUUAUUUACUGUAUAUAUAUUAAUAUACAUAUGUUUUUGUAAUAGAUUUUUAUUGUAGUGUAAUUAUGUAUUUAAAAAAGAAAUUAACGCAUUGACUAAUUGGGUAUUAAUUUUGUUUACUUAUUUUUUUUUUAAUAUUAAAAUUAAUACACUAAUUAAUAUUUUUAAUUGCGGAAAACUAAUGGGUAAUGAGUAAUUAAUAUUGAGUAUUGAUAAGAAAAAUACUAAGGACGGAGAAUGUUUUAUUGCCAUGUUAGAUUAUAAGCAGGUACAUUGUUAAAUAUUUAAAAAAAUUGCUGGAGCAAUAUAAUAUUUAAAUAAAACCCGGUAAUACAAACUAAAUAUAAUAGGAAGGAGGUAAAAAUAAAUAUAUAAUUAAUAUGAUAAUAACAUAUAUUAAUAAAUUAUUAAAAACUGAAUCUAUAGGACGUAUGUGCAAUUAACAGACUUCCAAAUUGUAAACAAUUAACACCAAUUACGCAAUAGUUUAUUAUUAAUAAUUAUAGUUUAUAUAUUUAGUACUGAUUAACUUGCAUUGAUUAAUAAUUUAUAAAUUGAUACAGUUAACAAAAAUAGUUAUGAUAAUAAAUAAAUACAUUUAAUGUAUACAUUAAUUAUUAUCGAUAAAAGUUAAUUUUUUUUUCUAUGAAAUAAAAAAUUGAUACGCACAUAAAAAAAAAUUUAUUUUCAUUUUUAUUGUGUAUAAUUUUUAUUUAAGCUAAAGGUGUCUAAUAAAAGGGGUAGUACGGGCACGUGGGACGAUAGCUAAUAAGAAAAAAAAGGGGUGGUAUUGGAGAUAAAUAUUGAUAUUUAUUUUUGUCAACUGAAAAUAUUAUUGCAAUUAAUGGCAAGUUUUUUUACACGCAAAAAAAUAAAUGAUAAAUUUUAUUCGGAUUUUCAAUUGAUUUUUAUUGUUUGAACAAUAAACCCGCAUCAAAGAAAGUAAUUUAUAAAUAAUAUGAUAUUGAAAGCGAAAAAGUAUAAGAAUGAUUCUCUAAAAUAUAUUGAUAUGAAAAAAAAAUAGUCACUCUUGGUCUUUAAAUUUUAUUGUUUGAAAUGAUAAAAUACGUCAUCUUGCCAAAUAGAUAUAGCCGCGCAUCAGUAUUACUAUAGGCUAAUUCUUUCACAUACAUUAAAAGCUUACAAACACAAGUUAAAUUUUGUUGUUUCAAACUAUAAAAACUGAUGCACUUAAGAUAUACUUUUUGACAUUUUGAAAAAAGUAAUAAUUAUAUACCGUUGUACAUAAAAUCAAUUGUUCGACAUUGAUAAUUUUAUUUAUCAUACUGAAUGUUUUUUUACUUUUUUACUAUAAACUUAAAUGUUCCCAACAUCGAAUGUUGAAGCUGAAAUGUUAAAUAAUUAUAAUUUCAUUUUUUUAUCUACCAAACAGUAAUUUCUAU